AUGUGUGGAAUAUUGGCCAUUUUAAAUAUAAGAGGAACAGAGGUAGAAGUAAGGGCGAAAGCAUACGAGCUGUCGAGAAGAUUAAGACAUAGAGGUCCAGAUAGAUCUAAGAUUAUUGAAAUAAGCCCAGGUGUGUAUCAUGUAAUUUCUCACGAAAGAUUGGGAUUAGUUGAUUUGAGUGACAAAGGCAGGUAACCCUUUUAAUUACUGGAUGAUUAAAACAUAAUCUUUAUGUAAAACGGAGAGCUAUAUGAUUACUGGGAUUUAAGACCAGAAUUAGAGAAGAAAUAUCGUUUUAGCAGUAAUUCGGAUACAGAGAUAGUCGGAAUGUUAUAUAAAGAAUAUGGGGCAGGCAACUUCUGGAACCACCUUAAUGGUAUGUUCGCCACAGUUCUAAUAGAUUUGAGCAAGAAAACAUUUCAAGCAGGAAGAGAUCAUAUCGGAAUAAUUCCUUUGUAUUAUGGUUAUGAUAAGGAUGGAUCACUAUUCUUGUCAUCAGAGUUGAAAGGAAUACAUGACUAAGUUAUUGAUGUUAAAUAGUUCCCUCCAGGCCAUUAUAUUGAUGAGACAUAUGAGAUCAAGAGAUGGUACAAUCCAACUUGGCAUAACUUUGAUCACAUUCCAACAGGGGAAAUCAUUUUAGAAGAAUUGAGAGACAAAUUCGUGGAGGUCGUCAGAAGAGAAGUUCAAGGUGAUGCUCCUUUUGGAUUGUUUAUAUCAGGAGGUGUUGACUCUUCAAUAGUGGCUGGAAUUGUUGCUAAAUUAAUAAAGAAAGGGGAUAUAGAUUUGAGUAAGAGAGGAAUGAGAAAAGUUCAUUCGUUUUGUAUCGGAUUGGAAGGAUCUCCAGAUUUACAUUUUGCUAAGAAGGUGGCAGAAUUCCAUGGCUUUGAACAUCACUCAUUCACCUAUACGGUCGAUGAAGGGUUAGAUUAUAUACCUGAAGUCAUAUAUCAUACAGAGACAUUCAAUAACACUACCAUUAGAGCAUCAACACCCAUGUAUAUGAUGUGUAGAAGAAUCAAAGCCUUGGGAAUCAAAAUAUGUUUAACAGGUGAAGGAAGUGAUGAAUUAUUUGGUGGAUAUUUAUAUUUCCACAAAGCACCUAACAGAGUAGAAUUUCAUUAAGAAUUAAUCAGAAAACUACAUGAUUUGCAUAAAUAUGAUCUCCUCAGAGCCAACAAGGCUUGUUUGGCUUGGGGUAUUGAAACUAGACCUCCUUUUAUGAACAAAUAAUGGGUUGAGUAUGUUAUGCAAAUUGAUCCUAAAUACAAGAUGAUUAAUGCCUUUGAACCUCAAAUGGAAAAAUACAUUCUAAGAAAAGCCUUUGAGGAUUUAGAACAUCCUUUUGUGCCAUAAGAAAUCUUAUGGAGAUAGAAGGAACAGUUUAGUGAUGGAGUUGGUUAUAGUUGGAGAGAUGGUAUUAUUAAGAGGGCUAAUCAGUUAAUCUCUGAUUAAGAGUUUUCUUAAGCAUCCAUCAAGUACCCAGUGUCCACUCCAAGAGAUAAGGAAUAAUAUUGGUUCAGACAAAUCUACUCUUCCUAUUUCCCAAGUGAAAGUUCUGUUUUGACUGUUCCAUACGCCAGAUCAAUAGCUUGUUCAACCGAAAAAGCUUUGGAAUGGGAUGAAGCUUUCAAAAAAAAUACAGACGAAUCCGGCAGAGCUGUAUUAGCUGUUCAUAAUGAUGCAAUUAAGGAACUCAUCUAACCAGAAGAGGACCGUUCAACUGAGGAUAUUUCCAAAGUACAAGAGCAUUUCUAAUUAUGAUUUCUAUUACAUGUAAUCAAAUUAUAAAUAAUU